GAGAGAGAGAGAGCAGCGAGUGAAGCAGUCAGUGACGUCACAGCCACGGUGAACACGUCAUAACUGGACAACGAUGAAGCUUCUUCUGCUCGUGAGUUUCCUGAGUCUGUGGAGAAGAAGCGAUGGAACCGGUGCAGCCCUCAGCAAAGUGCUGGUGAAAGAAGGGGAUGACGCCAUUUUACCAUGUUCCUUCAGCAGCAGGAACAUCAGGCAGGAGCUCUUCGACUGGAAGAAGGACAAGAAGAACAAGAAGGACAAAGACCAGGAGGUGUUCAUGUACGAUAAGGGAAAAGUUUACGAUAAGGGAGAUUCACGUCAGGACGAGCAGUUCAGAGGUCGCGUCUUUCAUUUCCCAGAACAUCUGGACGUGGGUAACGCCUCCAUCAUCAUCAGAGACACCAGGUUGACUGACAGUGGAAACUACACCUGUUUAUUUCCACUUCUUGAUCCAAUCAGACGAUCGAACAUUGUGCUCGUCGUCGAUCCGAUCUUAAAAGACCGAAGUGACGACAACAUCUCAGGAGCAGCUCCAAAACCGGUCAUCACGACACUUGAAGUCACAAAGGACUGGGCUCUGUUGCAGUGUGAGGUUCUUGGUGCUUUUCCUAAACCUGAUGUCCAGUGGCAGAACCGAGCUGGAGACAUUGUUCCUGCUGAAGAACCUCAGGUCUCUGAAAGAGGAGGCAGCUACGACAUCAUCCUCCAAACGACUGUGACCAAGACCGACCACUAUCGCUGUGUCUCCACUCAGGAGGAGAUCAACCACCAGACUGAGGCUCAGACCCACGUUUAUAUUGGUGGAGCAGCUCCAGAGCCGAACAUCAAAACACUCGGUGAAACAAAGGAUGGAGUUCAGCUGCAGUGUUCUGUUCGAGGUGCAUCUCCAAAACCUAAAGUCUAUUGGCAGAACCGAGCUGGAGACAUUGUUCCUGCUGAAGAACCUCAGGUCUCUGAAAGAGGAGGCAGCUACGACAUCAUCCUCCAAACGACUGUGACCAAGACCGACCACUAUCGCUGUGUCUCCACUCAGGAGGAGAUCAAGACUCAUGCUGAGACAUAUGUACCUGUCCAUGACGCUGGAGGGACGGUUGUUGCUGUUGCUGUUACUGCGGUUGUUACAUUUUUCUUGACUCUUCUUGUCGUUGUUCUUUACUUUAAGCGUAAAAAGAACACUCCCACUGCAGUACCACCUGAAGAAAUGAAACUUUCCCAAAGCAACAGUUAGACGUUCACACCUGCUUCAUGCAGCCGCUGACCAUGUGACACAGGAAACAGGAAGUGAACUUCUCCAAAGCUCCUUUUCAUUGGUUCAACAAGUUUUUACCUUCGACUCAAACACGAAUGAAAAGCUUCAGAGUGACGACCACACAACGCUGUUUAUUUAAAGAUAAUGAUGUCAUCAUGACCUCACUUCCACCACGUGACGACACAUGAUUGGUUCUUGUAAAUAAGCUGAAGGUCUCGUCUCAAAUCUUAUUGGCUGAUAAAACUUAUUUACUCUUUUCAACGUAUCAGGAUUCAACUGAACAUCUCACGGUUCACACGUUAAAAACCAAAGGUCAUUAAAACGUUGUGGUCCUGUCCAGCUGCAGCUCUGUUGCUAGGCGACAGCGGUAAGGGGGCGGGACAAGCUGGAGACACAAAUCACAGAAAUCCUCCGUAGACCAGACGUCUGGUUUCAGUUGGUCCUUCACAAAGGAGACGGACCUGGAACCAGGACACAGCUUCUAUGACGUCAUGUUCUGACUUCACAGUGACCUCAUGAUGACAUCAUUCCUGCCACAUGAUCAUUAAAGACUUUUCAAUAUAUGUAUAAAAGCUUCAGGUCGUAUCUAUCGUCCUAUAGGAUGCAGAGACUGUUGAAUGAUGCAGGAAGUCAUUUUCUGACCUUUUCUUCAGAAAGUGAAAUGAAUCUGUGACAUCACAUCCUGGACCCGUAGUUUGAAGGAGACACAGGAUGUUCCUCUCUGUUUCAUCCAUCUCUCUGCUUGUGGUUCUUCUCUCAGCUGAACUUUGACUCAACCUCACGUCACUGAACUCAGACCUGCUGCUCUGCUCUCAAUCAAUGUGAAUGUUCUGCAGCUAAAGUGAACAUGUGAUGAGUCAGUGUUUAUUGGUGAAUGUGCUGAGUCGGGUCCCGUUCCAGUCACAACUGCUUCCUGUUGUCACUGUGAUGUUUGAGCCGUCGCUGUCUGACACUGACUUUGUCUUCAUGUUGUUACCUGAUGAUUCUGAGGAUUUCAGGCUGGUUCAUUAUUUCUGUUCAACACUUUGAAUAAAACGUGACAAACAUCAAA